CUGAGGCGGAACAAACUAGCAAAACAAUAUUUGUACGAGACUUUGGAACUGCAAAUUUCAAUUCAGUUAACGAAUAUCUUUGUACCAUCGACUGGUAUAGAUCCUUUCAAGGCGUUGACACAGUUUAUGAAAAAUAUGGACCUUAUUCAUUAUACCACAGGACUGUACUCAAGCCUCAAAGGACCGGGGCUUCUGGAUUCAAAGCUGAAGAAAAGUAAGGGUCUAGGGGCUCUUCUCAAAGAGGAUGGUAAUGCAGUAUGCAGAAAUAGGAGCAAAGCUGAGCUCCUAGCUAGCGCCUUUCGCGGAAUACUUCAAGAAAGGGGAUGA